AUGGAGGGCGGUGAGCAGCAAGCAUCCGACUUUCAGGACCUGGAUUUGAUUGUCGACACAGACAUGGGCCUCGAUGACAUGGCUGCUCUCCUGAUGUUGGUGACUGCCGGGGCUCGGCUAUGCUUGGUCACCACGGUGCACGGGGUGUGCGCAGCUCCGUUGGCAGCGCCAUUGGCCCAACGUUUGCUGCUUGGAGUGGAUGGAUCAGCUCGUGUGGUGCCAGGUGCCGCCCAGAGCUUCAGUGCGGCUGCAGAGCUCCCCUCCUGGGUCGAAAGGCAUCGGGCCAAGCUGGAGAAUGUCAGUGAACUUCUCAAUCUCCCUGAGCUUCCAGAGGUAGUUUCAAAGGAGACUCCUCGGAACCAAACAGCUUUGACUGCUUUUCUGGAACUUGACAUCAAGGGCGUGACGCUCUUGGCCUUGGGACCUUUGACUAAUGUGGCGGCGGCAGCAAAAGCUGAUCUUUCCAAGUUCCGGGAAGUCGUCGGGAAGAUCAUUGUGGCUGGGGACAACACAAAAGCCAACCCUUUCAACUUUCGCUUGGAUCCAAUGGCUCUAGAUGUGGUCCUGAACUCUGGCGUUCCGAUCCACAUGGUGGGAACAUGCUGUCGGCCGGAUGCCACACAGCUGGACGGAUGUUUGGACAAGUCCCUGGACCACCCGAUGCUGCUGAAAAUUUUGGAGCAGCAUCCCUUGAGUUUGGUCCAAGAUCCGGUGACUGCAGCGUAUUUCCUCGCCCCAGAGAUCUUCAGAAUUGCGCCCCUAGAAGUUCGUGGAUCUGCUGACCCGGUCUCUGUCAUGGAAGCUAAGGAAUUGGAUAUCGCGGCAUAUGCGAAACUUCUUGCAAAGUGCUUUGCAAGUCAGACAAAAACCCUUGAAGAAAGCAGAGGCCAACUUUGUUGA